AAUAUUCUUGAAGGUAAUUGGCCAGAAGCCAUAAACAGACUUGUUACAGAAACUGAUAAACGCGUGGAAAAAAUUGACCUUACUCAAUUAUUGGAAUGUGAUUUUUCAACCACAACUCCAAGUUCCUUAACUGCAAGUCGUAUCGUGUUAUUAGAUAUGGUUAAAGCUUACUUUAAUUAUAAAAUUGUUUGCUGUUGUGGAAUUCCGAAAGUGACACUUCAAGGUACACUCGAAGAUUGGACGAAACUUCAAGAAAAAGUCAUUAAAUUAAGAAACUUAAAUUUAGAAUUAGAUUUUUGGCUAGACCGCCUUGAGCCUGUAAUUGCGAAAUUAGUAGAUACUUAUCGUGGUGAAGUUGAUGAAGACUUUUGGGGUAGGGUUAUUAGCAUGCAAAUGUAUGGUUCUGGUGGAGAAACUAAUAUUACAGGAUGGAUUGCAGCCUUCUUUCCUUAUGAUCGUGCAGGGACUGCUUUACAUUCAAAUUUUAUAGAUGGUGAUGAUUUUCCAGAUGGCAUAGUAGGAGUUCCAUUUACCACUGAUGUUACUCCUCCAUUGAAAUUUGUAGCAGGAUUUAUUGGAACUAAUCAGGAAAUUCUUGAAAAUUUUGGUGGCGAAUCUGUCGUGUCUCCUGUGAUUGGAUGGGCCGUUAUUGAUGAUGCUAAGGAUCCUAAAUAA